CCGUAGUUUAGCUAGUAGGGUUUUGUUUACAUCAUUUUGCAUCAGUGCACCACCACGCGUACGUCUUUAUACAUAUUAUCACCAGUCAAUUGAAGAUGGCAUCAGUAACAUUACGCCGCGUUCGACCGGCGACCAUCGCGGCUACUGUCGCAGCGGGAGGCAUUGGCCUGGCGGCGUACUCGAGGUUGUUUGUGAACAGCGCGUCUGCCGAGUCUGGGGCGCCGCCAAAGGUGUUUGGUGCGGGGCCUGCGUUUGUGUCGCUUGCGUUGGAGAGCUCGGAGGAAGUGAACCACAACACCAAGCGAUUGCGUUUCAAGUUACCACAGAGGGAGGCGGUUAGCGGUCUUUCAUUGACCUCUGCCGUCCUGACCAUGUCAUGGCCUGCGGGCAGGUGGCUUCCCGUCGCGAGGCCUUACACACCCGUGCAACCUCUCGAUGACGCCGGCUACCUCGAGCUCAUGGUGAAGAAAUACCCAGACGGCAAGCAAAGCACACACAUCCACUCCCUCACACCAGGCCAAAAGCUCCUCUUCGCCCUCGCCAUCAAAGGCCACCAAUGGAAACCCAACAGCUACCAGCACAUCACCCUCAUCGCCGGCGGUGCGGGCAUCACGCCAAUCUACCAACUAGCACAGGGAAUCCUCCGCAACCCGGAGGAUAAGACGGCCAUCACGCUCGUCUUUGGUGUAAACUCAGACCAAGACGUGCUGCUCAAAGACGAGUUUGAGAAGUUCGAAAAGGAAUUCCCCGGCAGGUUCAAGGCUGUGUACACGGUUAGCAAUCCCGUGGCGAAUUCGCCGUAUCGCAAAGGGUACGUGACGAAGCAGUUGUUGGAGGAGGUUGGCGCGGUGCCGAAGAAGGAGGAUACAAAGGUGUUUGUGUGUGGUCCGCCGGCGAUGGAGGCGGCUCUUGUGGGGAAGAGGAGUGCGCCCGGGGUGCUGCAGGAGUUGGGGUAUCGGAAAGAUCAGAUUCACCAGUUCUAGAGAGGGAUUCAGGCUACCUACAUGUACGUUACAGAGGUUACAGAGGCCACGGGGAAGGAUGAACCAGAAAAUUCUUUCAACAUUUCGCUCGGGGUGUUGGCGCGAGAAAAAAAAAAAAGACCUACAAAACAAGCCUUCAAUGAAGGAGAGCUCGAUUUUUUUGCGCCCUCGACGCUGCGAAAGAAGCCGCAGCUGCCGGGAGAAAAGAACCAAAGAAAAAGAAACCUACUCAUGCCCAGAGCUCGGACAAAACCUCAACAAUUCACAUGACCC